GCUAUAUUUUCCGAAGAAGAGCUACGUCUAGCCACCGAGUGGCGCGUGAAGUAUCUUAGAGUAGCUAAAGAUCUAAAUUCCAAAAACCUAGACCGACUUCGGAAUAUUUUCUAUAAGAAUAGCUGUCGUCGACUAGAUACUAAUAAUUAUAUCCUUGCAGUCGUGUUACAGAUAGCUUUAGGGCCUCUACGGCCGACACCGCUUGUAGAUAUUAGCGACGACUUAAGAACUUCUCUUGUGGAGGAAUAUAUAAAUCAGAAGAAGCCAACCGACGAGGAGAUUUAUCUACGAGGGCGACUACGACGAAGUAUUGAGAGAGCGAUGGCUUAUAUAUUUAUCGCGUAG